AUGAAGUUGCUUACACUCAUUCUCUCGGCCCUGGUUGGUCGAGCGGUUGGUCUGGCUUCUACAGAUACCAUUACCUGGGGAGGCGACAACUCCCGAACAGGAUACCAAACUAACCAUAACAUGGACCCUGCCAUCGUAGGCAGCCCUCAAUUCGACAUUGUGUUCAAAACCUCGCUGCCUGGCCGCUACAUCAACGCCGCCGAGCAAAUCUUUUCUCAACCACUCGUUUACACUCCUUCAAACGACACCAAGCAAUUCGUCUACCUUGCUACCACGCAAAACAAUAUUUACAAGCUCGACGCCAAAACAGGUGUCAUUAUCGCUUCCCGAAAUAUCGGGAUUCCUUUCCUUACAGCGGAUCUAGAUGGAUGUGUCGACGUUAAUCCGACCGUCGGCGUCACUGCGACAGGUGUUAUCGACCCCGACACGGAUACUUGGUACAUAACCUCCAAGACCUACGUCGACCAGAACUAUGGCCCAAAGCCGCAGGGAAGGCCGGCCGGACGGUACAAGAUCCACGCCAUCAACGUCAACGAUCUUUCCGAACAGCCUAACUUCCCUGUUGAUCUCGAGGGCACCAUCGCGCGAAACAAUCCCGAGCGCAUGUUCACCGGCGGCAUUCACCACCAGCGACCAGGUCUUCUCCAUACCGGACAAUUCGUCUACGCUGGCUUCGCAUCGCAUUGCGUGCAGUACAACUUCACCGGCUGGAUCAUGGGCUGGGACAAGACUAGCGGCAAAAUCGUCGAGCGCUGGGCUUCUGAGGGCAUGGGUGUCAGCAGUAACAUCUCGGGAGCUGGUAUCUGGCAGUCUGGAGGCGGACUCGCGUCUGACAACGCAGGAUCCAUGUUCUUCGCUACUGGAAAUGGCUACGCUUCACAGCUGUCUACCAUCCCCGUCAAUGGCUUCACACCUCCUACCGCGAUGGAACAAGCUGCUGUUCACAUGUCCAUCAACAGCGACGGUACCCUCUCAGUAGUUGACUUUUUCAUGCCGUUCGAGAAGCAGGAACUCGACGGUGCGGACAAAGAUCUUGGAACGAGCCCUCUUGAACUCUUGCCUAGUCAAUUUUCCUGCGGCAACAUCAAGAGAAUGGGCAUCGUCACUGGAAAGUCUGGAAAGACCUACUGGCUCAACCUUGAUGACUUGGGUGGUUAUCGCAAUGGACCCAACUCUAAAGAUCGAGUCAUCCAGACCUUCCAGAAUGAGAAUUCUGUCUACGCAGGCGCUGGUGUGUAUCCGCUGGAGGGUGGAUACAUCUACAUCAACGUCAUCCAAUAUCCCACCCACGUCUUCAAGUUCUCUUGUCUCAAUGGUGUUCCGUACUUCACCAAAGUAGCCGACAGUCCAACCAACAACGCUUACAUCCUCGGUGUCAGCCAUGGAACUACCACAUCUCUCAACGGACAAGAAGGCACAGGUCUCUUAUGGGUGUCCGAUGUUCAAAACACAAACUUCAAGAUCUACGAUGCCGUCCCACAGAACGGAUACCUUAACGUCAUCCGAAACUUUACGAUCGUCGGAAUCACCAAGUUCAGCAGGCCAGUGUUUGGAGAUGGCAUGGCCUACAUCGGUACCACAGUCGGCUACUUCUAUGGUCUUGGCUCAACCAACAAGUACCCUCUCAACUGCACUACUUCAGUUGACUUUGGAACAGCCAACUUCCAGAAUGCUACGAGUCCUCAGACCAUCAACUGUACCGCGCUUUUUGAUCUCUCUGUUACAAACAUUAGUCUUGUCGACGCGACAAAUUACAACAUCACCAAGACGCCUAGUCUACCACUGUCCAUGUCAGCAGGAGAUCAACUUCAAUUCUCAGCGCAGUUCUCUCCCCAGGGCGUUGGUCGCUUGGGUGGAAUGGUUAACAUCCUGACUUCCGGUGUUUUAGACGCGUCUUACAGCAAGUCCACCAAAGUCCGACUUACAGGUAUUGGCACAAGUUCGAACGCUUUGUUAGAUGUCAGCCCCAAGUCUGUUGUUUUCACGGGCCUUGUCAGUGGUUCUCAAUCUACUGCGCAGACUAUCCUGAUUGGCAACGACGGUACUCAGAACCUAACGGUCACUUCGGUCCUGUACACAAACACUUCCUCGUCUGGUCCGUUCAUUACCUGGAAAGGCACGGGCAAUCUCACGGUCGGGCAGUUCACACUCUCCGGUAUUCCCAACUCCGUCAGUGGUGGCGGCGAUAGUGCUAUAACUGUCCUCCCCAACACCGCCAUGUCUGGCAACUUCACUGCCUGGGUCAAGUUCGUUACCACUGGCGGCAAUACCACAGUCUCAUUGUCCGCAGCAGCGGGUGAUCCACCUACAGCACUUCUCGAGUUCCAGACACCAGAUGGAAGCGGCUGGGUCAAGUACGAUCCCAACACUCCCUUCACCUUUGGCAACGUGACAGAGAACACAUCAAAGUCACUGCUCUUUCGAAUCAGCAACAAGGCUUCUGCUGGUGGUGUCAAGCUUGGACUCACUGUAUCGAAGCCUCCAUUUGGUGUUCCUGGUAUCGUCCGAUCAGCCAACCAGAUUGAUAUGGCUGAGGGUACCCUGAUUGCUCCUGGUCAGAGUCAAACGGCGACUCUUACCUGUAAUGUCCCCAAGAGCCAGUGGAACGUCGCGUCGUACAAUGGCACCGCGCAGUGGACCAUAAACACCAACGAUCCAACGUGGAGUUUCGAGAAGCGCGCUGUUCAAUUCUUCUGCAACGCUGUCGCUGAGCAAGCUGCUCCUAUUUUGCCUAGUGGUCAAGGCCAGUACCAGUAUGUCGGUUGCUUCAAAGAGAAUAACCCGGGUCGUCAGCUGUCCAGCCUUCUUUACGCCAACGGCUCCAACACGAACGAGAUGUGCAUCAACACCUGUGGUGAAGAAGGCCUGACUUUCUGUGGUACACAGUACCGUAGUGAAUGCUGGGCUGGUAACAAGAUUCCCAACCAAAAGGUCGACGACGCGAACUGCAACUUUGACUGCGCGGGGAGUCUUAACCAGUACUGCGGUGGUAACGGUGUUGAUGGAAGCGGUGUCUACAUCAGUCUUUUCGCCGACACCCUUCAAUGGGAUGGAACCUUGUCUAGUGGUUCAUCUAGUGGCGGCAGUGGUGGAAGUAGUAGUGGCGGCACGAACACACCUCAGGGACCCUUCGUCAACCCCGGUGUUGAUGGAUAUACCAGCAUUGGAUGCUAUACCGAGGCUACAUCGGGUAGAGCACUCCCCAACGGAAGAGGCGUAGACUCACCCACUGUUGCAGAGUGUGUUGACGCCUGCAGCAGUGGCAGCUUUGUCUAUGCUGGAGUAGAGUACGGUGGCGAGUGCUACUGUGGUAACACCUUUUCCGAUGGCUCCGUGCCGGCCCCCAUUGCCGACUGUGGCAUGCUUUGCAAUGGCAACUCGAGCGAGUAUUGUGGUGGUCCCAACCGUCUUAACGUGUAUCAGGUCAAUUCGGCUUACUACAGUGCUUCUCUGCCGACUUCGACGUCCAGUACAUCCACCUCCAGUACCUCCAGUACGCCUAGUACAAGCUCUACAACCAGCAGUAGUACCACUUCGUCAUCCCCUUCAUCUUCGCUGCCAACCUCGAGCUCAACCUCCAGCUCGAGUUCUACUUCGACCUCUAGUACUUCGACUACCACCAGCACCUCUACUUCAAUUAGCGCGACUUCAAGUAGCACUAAGACGAGUAGUACCAUCACAAGCUCUACUUCUUCUUCUUCAUCGUCUAGUAUCUCAAGCAGCUUGACUGGCAAUGUCGCCGGUGGUGCAAGCGGUCUAUCUACUUCCACGUCCCCCAGUACCACGAAGACCUCCUCUUCUACCACGAGUAGCAGUUUGAUCAGCAGUUCGACUUCCAGCAGCUCAAGCACUACCUCUCAAUCCUCAACCUCGACAACUUCAAGCACCAGCACGACGAGUAGUUCCAGUACUACCAGCUCUAAUUUGAGUGCUUCGUCGACAUGGACAACCUUUUCUACUGCCUCUUCUGUCAGCAGCCGCUCGACUAUUUCCACAACAAGUUCCACUACGUCUGUGGCAGUUCCAACCAGCGCAGGUGCUUCAAGUAUUGUAUCAUCCAGCACAUCAUCGUCCGUGACUAGUCGCACAUCGUCUACUGGCACGUCCUUGGUAGCUCCAUUGACCCAAGUUGCCGGCUUGUCGAGUGCUUCAUCAGCUGGGUCCUCUCUGGUCGCACCUUCAGUGAUUUCACAGGCAAUUGCCCCAUCGGCGCCUUCAACUGCUGGUUCAUCCGUGGUUGCCCCUUCAAGCUCUAUCGGGGGCGUGUCAGUUCCUUCGUCUGCUUCCACAUCAUUGAGUCUCCCAUCAGUGAGCUCCCAAAUUGUAGGAUCAUCAAUUGUCUCUUCUGCUGGUGGUUCGUCCAUCGCCUCCUCGUUGAGCUCUCAGGUUGCAGUCGCACCAGGUUCUUCAUCUGCCUCUACUUUGGCUGGAACUUCCCGCGCGACGUCUACCACAUCUUCGACCUCGACGUCAUCAACGUCGUCAACUUCAACUACGACCUCACGCACCUCAUCGAGUACCACCACCUCAACCACAUCCUCUGUAGUCCCUGUCGCUACAGGCCCUUCCAUCUCCGACAAAAUCGGCACAUGGUCAUUCCAAGGAUGCUGGGCAGAGCCCUUGUUUCUCAUCCGUGCGCUCAGCUCCAAGACCACCUCAAGCAACGACAUGGACCUUGACGCCUGCGCCGCCUUUUGUACAGGCUACACCUACUUCGGUGCCGAAAAUGGUCGCGAUUGUUACUGUGGAAAUUUCCUCAACCUUGGAAGCUACCAAGCUCUCAAUCAAAAGGACUGCUCCGCUACCUGCGCCGGCGACAAGACACAGUAUUGCGGUGGAACGCAAAGACUACAACUUUACAAAGCUGGCAAACCCACUACUGGAACCAGGAACUUCCAAAGUUACUCCUGCGCAUCUGAGCCGCUCAUAGGCCGUCUACUUACCGACCUCGUCCUUUCGGAUUCCAGAGCUAUGACAGUUGAUACGUGUCUCGACAAGUGCGGCAACUACAAAUACGCUGGUGUUGAGAAUGGUCGUGAUUGCUAUUGCGGUAACUCGGUUAACUGGCAGGGUCUUAUCGGACAGGGUAAGAAUGUUUCCAUGGCAGAUUGCAAUAUUAGUUGUCCUGGUAACAACCUUGCUUAUUGUGGUGGGUUGUUGAAGAUGAACCUGUAUAUUAAUAACUCUACUGCGAAUGCGUUUUUGAGUAGGCAUAGGAGACGACAUGCGAAGGGGCUGCUGUAG